AUCUCCCCUGUCUCGGCGCCUCUCUCUACGCCCGAACCCGCCGCCGCCGCGCCGCCCGACCCCCGCCACCUUCCCACGCCAUAGCGCACCGGCCCUAACCCCCCUCGCUCUCUUCUCUGUAUUCCCCGCCGCCGCCUUGCAUUCUCCUCCCCUCACACGCCUCCGCGGCUAACCCUAGCCGCCCCGGGAGAGACAAAGAGCGCAAAAAUCGGCGGCGGCGGCGGCGACGAUGAGGAUCGAGGAGGUACAGUCGACGUCGAAGAAGCAGCGCAUCGCCACCCACACCCACAUCAAGGGCCUCGGCCUCGACGCCAAUGGGACGGCGAUAGGGAUGUCGGCGGGAUUCGUGGGGCAGGCGGAGGCGAGAGAGGCGUGUGGGCUGGUGGUCGACAUGAUCCGGCAGAAGAAGAUGGCUGGACGGGCGCUGCUCCUUGCCGGCCCACCUGCCACCGGCAAGACCGCGCUCGCUCUUGGCAUCUCCCAGGAGCUGGGCAGCAAGGUCCCUUUCUGUCCUAUGGUAGGAUCAGAAGUGUACUCUUCAGAGGUCAAGAAAACUGAGGUGCUGAUGGAAAAUUUCCGUAGAGCUAUAGGCUUGCGUAUAAAGGAAAACAAAGAAGUCUAUGAAGGAGAGGUUACGGAGCUUUCCCCAGAAGCUUCUGAGAGUUCAACUGGUGGAUAUGGAAAAAACAUUAGCCAUGUAAUAAUUGGCCUGAAGACUGUAAAAGGGACUAAACAACUAAAGUUAGAUCCUACAAUUUAUGAUGCUUUAAUCAAGGAAAAGGUGGCAGUGGGUGAUGUUAUAUACAUCGAAGCUAACAGCGGUGCAGUGAAAAGAGUUGGCAGAUGUGAUGCUUUUGCUACAGAAUACGAUCUUGAAGCAGAGGAGUAUGUGCCAAUUCCCAAAGGGGAAGUCCACAAGAAAAAAGAAAUAGUGCAGGACGUUACACUGCAUGACCUUGACGCCGCAAAUGCCCAGCCACAAGGAGGCCAAGAUAUUUUGUCCCUUAUGGGCCAGAUGAUGAAGCCACGGAAGACUGAAAUCACUGAGAAGCUACGCCAAGAGAUCAAUAAGGUGGUUAACAGAUAUAUUGACGAAGGUAUUGCAGAGCUUGUACCUGGUGUUCUGUUCAUUGAUGAGGUUCACAUGCUGGACAUUGAGUGCUUCUCUUAUCUUAAUCGUGCUCUCGAGAGCUCAUUAUCGCCAAUUGUAAUACUCGCUACGAACAGGGGAAUAUGUACUGUGAGGGGAACUGACAUGACAAGUCCACAUGGUAUCCCAGUCGACCUUCUAGAUAGGUUGGUUAUCGUACGGACACAGAUAUAUGGCCCUAUCGAGAUGAUCCAGAUAUUAGCAAUUAGAGCACAAGUGGAGGAGAUUGAAAUUGAUGAGGACAGUCUUGCAUUUCUAGGAGAGGUUGGGCAGCAGACAUCUUUGAGACAUGCUAUUCAGCUGAUGUCACCUGCUAGUGUAGUUGCCAAGGCUAAUGGGAGAGAGAAGAUCUGCAAGGCUGAUCUCGAAGAAGUCUGUGGUCUGUAUUUGGACGCAAAGUCCUCUGCUCGUUUGCUUCAGGACCAGCAAGGAAGCUACAUCACCUAAACUACUCCUGCACAAGAAUUCCCAGCCGCCGGCUCAGGUGAUUGGACUGUCUUCCCCUAGCACGACUUGGUAAGCAGGCGCAUCGACUCGAGAACACAGUUGGGGCAUUGUUUUCUUAGCAGCUGCACUCUGGACUGGACUUCCAUUGGUUCCAGUAGGACAAAUCGGUUCUGGUCUAUGGCUUCUCGCAUUUCUGUUUGCUGAUUAGAUCAUGUAGGAAUUAUCGUGUACCUUCGUUGCCCAUGCUAAUUGAUGGCUAGAUCCCGUUUUC